CUCUGACUCCCUCUCCAGGAGCAAAGACCACUUCGCUUCGGUUUCCCAGGUCAGCGGCUCAGGCUCCUCCCACCGCCAGGAGCUGGGAAGGGCCAGGGGUCUUUCUUCUGUUCGGCUUCAGCGUUGACGCGAGCAGGAACCAAGAAGUGCGAUGAGUUUUCGCCUGCUUUAACGUUAUGGCUGGGCAGCGGCAACAGCGAGAUGAGUGUGCCUGCCACUGUGGGGACAGCUGGGAUGGCGCUGAGGACAAGCUGCAUCCAAGGAUUCUCAUCCCAGAGCUUUGCCAGCAGUUUUAUCACUUAGGAUGGGUUACAGGUACUGGUGGAGGGAUCAGCAUGAAGCACGGUAAUGAGAUCUACAUUGCUCCAUCUGGUGUCCAAAAAGAAAGAAUUCAGCCUGAAGAUAUGUUUGUGUGUGACAUAGAAGAACGGGACAUCAGUGGGCCUCCACCACACAAGAAAUUGAAGAAGAGUCAGUGUACUCCACUCUUCAUGAACGCUUAUACCAUGAGAGGGGCAGGGGCAGUGAUCCAUACUCACUCCAAAGCAGCUGUUAUGGCCACUCUUCUCUAUACAGGAAGUGAGUUCAGGAUUACUCAUCAGGAGAUGAUUAAAGGAAUCAAGAAAUGCACUACUGGAGGAUAUUUCAGAUAUGAUGAUACCUUAGUUGUUCCCAUUGUUGAGAACACACCUGAAGAAAAGGACUUGAAGCAGAGAAUGGUGCAAGCAAUGAAUGAUUAUCCAGAUUCCUGUGCUGUAUUGGUCAGGCGUCAUGGAGUUUAUGUUUGGGGAGAAACUUGGGAAAAAGCCAAGACAAUGUGUGAGUGUUAUGACUACCUAUUUGAUAUUGCGGUACAAAUGAAGCAACAUGGCCUUGAUCCUGCUACGGUUCCUAAAGAAGAAAAUGGGAUCAUUUAAUACUUUGACACUUUGUUCCGAGAUGCCCUUAAUGUGUCAGUACAAUUUAUCAAGGGGCUUUUUAGGCUAUGGUAUCUAAAUAACUUGUCAGCAUUUUAUAUAACAUAUUCUUAACUGUUUCAGAGCCACUUUGUUUCUAAUUAUGUCAUUUUACCCUGUUUAUUAAACCUUGAAGGCUUGUCAAGUCUGAGCUUCCAUCUCUGUAUUGAUUUGCAUGGGAUCUGCCAUAUUCCACAGACAGCUGACAGUAAUUUUGCCUUGGAGUCUUCCUUGUGAUUCAUAUUAUAGAAUGUUUUUAGGCAGCACCUUCAAAAUGUGAAGGUUUUGUUCCGUUGUGGUUUUAAAAAAUAAAAAGCUGUAUUGCUUUAUGAACUGGUGUUUGCUAAGAAAGUGUUCUAAUUAGUUUUAAACUAGAAAGUAUUGAAAGACUGCUAUAGAAAAAAGCAUACCAAAACAUUUGAAAAGUGUCAAAGUAAUGCUCUCUUUACUGUCCAAUUUAAUAAGUUCAAAUAAAUUUUCCCAUGCGUU